AUGUUCCUCGCUUCGCUGGUUUCACUGCUCCUCGCUACCCGCACCGUUGCCGGGUUGCCACAGCAAGCUGUCGAUGGCCUGGUCGAGCACGAGAGAGCAGCGGUGAUUCCAGCUGCCUGGAAGCGGAUCCGUUCUGCAACUGCCGACGAUGUCUUGACGCUGCGCAUCGCCGUCAAGAACCAUCGCAAACUCGACCAACGUCACAUUCUGGCGCGCAGCGAUCCCAACUCUCCUCUGUACGGCAAGUACCUUGGCGCUGCCGAGCUCAACUCUCUUCUCGACGAGUCAACGUCCCCCGACGCGCGCCAGGGCUCGUGGGACAGAGUCAGGCGCUGGGUUGGUCAGCAAAACGUCAAUGUCGUCGGGGAAAAUGCCCGCGGCAUUGAGAUUAGCCUUUCAGCCCGCGAAGCAGAAUCUCUGCUCGGAACCAGCUUCUCCAUUUACAGCAAGGAUGGUGACGAUACUCUGGUUGCACGCACCGAGGCCUACUCUCUGCCUCUCAGCAUCCGAAACGAUGUUGAGUUUGUUUACCCAACCAUUCACUUCUUCCAAGGGGGCAGUCCUCGCGACUCUGCACGAAAAUUAGAGCGCCGCCAGCGAGGCCUUCCGCAGGGACCAUUUGACUGCUCCAAGUACAACUGCCCUGUAAACAUAUCGGCCAAGUACAACAUCGACUAUAUUCCAGAGUCGGCAUCAGCCAGCAAGCUCGCCGUCGCCGGCUUCCUCGAGCAAUACCCCAGCACCGAGAGUUGGAAAGACUUCAUCUCAAAGUACGGGCUCAGCAACUCCACCAACCAAGCCCCUUUCAACGUGGUAACCCUCAACGGUGGCAAGAACCCCGACACGGUCAAGGAUGGCAUGAUCGAAGCGCAGCUCGACCUGGAGUACACCAGCUCCUUCACCGGACCGCUCAACGUCACUUACUACAUGGUGGGAGGCCGACCCCCGACCUGGAAGCAGCCGGGGAACAUUACGGUCCCGGAAAGCGAGAGCGAUCAGGAGCCGUACCUCGAGUUCCUCGACUUCCUCCUGUCCCGGGACGACGUCCCGCAGGUCAUCUCCAUCUCGUACACCGACGACGAGCAGUCGGUCCCGCGCAGCUACGCCGACCAGGUCUGCGACCGCUUCGGGCAGCUGGCCAUGCGCGGCGUGUCGGUGCUGGUGGCGAGCGGCGACGCCGGGGCCCAGGGCACCCGCUUCAGCCAGUGCGUGACGACGGUGGGCGCCACGGCCGCGUGGGGCGGCGUCGCGGGCUUCAGCUCCGGAGGCUUCUCCAACUACUACGCGCGGCCCGAGUGGCAAAAGGCGGCGGUCGAGGCGUACCUGCCCCACACGGGCAUCCCCGAGAACCCCCACUACGCCUGGAACAGCUCCGGGCGCGGCUACCCGGACCUGACGCUGCUGGGCACGGACUACCUGAUCACCAACGCCGGGUCGACGCAGCCGGCCAAGGGCACUUCGGCCUCGACUCCGGUGGUCGCCAGCAUGAUCGCCUUGCUGAACGACAUUCGGCUGAGGAAGGGCAUGCCGGUGCUGGGGUUCCUGAACCCGCUGUUGUACUCGAGCGAGGUGGCCCAGGGUGGCUUUACCGACAUCACCGAAGGCGUGGUCAAUGGCUGCUCCAGUGCCGAGGCCCAGCAGCCAGGGUUCACGGCCGCCGCUGGCUGGGAUGCGGCUUCCGGGCUGGGUGCACCGGAUUUCGCCAAGUUGAGGAAGCUUUUGACCUAA